CCGUCAAUGCGCUACACACAUCAAUACGGCAUCUAGUUGUGCUCAAACCGUCCUGCAGGGGGCGUGUGACCAGAUUGGAGGACCAGCGCUGGGACAGGACCAGUGCGACAGGAUAGUCGCUCCCAGUGGCUACAGUUAGCUGGCUAACUGCUGCUAGCUGUUGGACAGCUGAAAAUGUUUACUUUCUGCCAGUUGUUAACGGAGCGGAGGAUGGUAGCAGCGUCGGAGGAUUGUGCCAUGACUUCCCAGUGUCUUGUUGACGACGUUCCCAAGCUUUAAGUUAUGCUCUCACGAAAGAAAAGUAAAAACGAAGCGUCAAAGCCAGCCGAGGUACACGGGAAAUAUGUGAAGAAGGAAACGUCUCCGCUCCUCAGAAAUCUUAUGCCCUCAUUCAUCCGCCAUGGACCCACUAUUCCCAGACGAACAGAGGGGCCCCCUCCGGAGAUGGCGCCCUCUUCCUACUCUGUGGCGACCAGCAGGGAGUCGGUUGUGUCCCGUAACAAGAGCAUCCUCCGCCCACCCGUGCAGAGGUCGCCACACGAAGUGGCCCGCAGAGAGAGCCACCGCAUGUCAGCGCCGCCAUACCUGCCUCGCAGUCUGGGAGACCUGUCCCACGAGUACCGCGGCUCAACGCAAUCCUUCCUCACCGAUGUGAGCCCCAUGUCGGAGAAUGGAGAUGCAGCCAGGUAUUACUACCCAGCUGAACCCUAUUAUGAAAACCAGCAGCAUUGUCAGCCCAGGAGAAUGCAGGAGCACUUCCCUGAGGACUAUAGAUACUAUGAACACAAUGAACACAACUUCCAAAGACUUCCUCACCAACACCCCUCCCCAGCGCCAAGCCGACCCCCCUCAGGCAUAGGUCGAAUACAGGCCAAGUCUCUGGGGAACCUCUCCAGCCUGACCGGUGAUGACUCCCUCCUUCCGGCUGGCUGGACCGUCGACUGGACCAUGGGUGGCAGGAAGUACUACAUCGACCACAACACCAACACUACACACUGGAGCCACCCUCUAGAGAGGGAGGGGCUCCCUCCGGGCUGGGAGAAAGUGCAGUCCGCUGAGUUUGGGGUCUAUUAUAUGGAUCACAUUAACGAAAGAGCACAGUAUCGACAUCCAUGUGCCCCAAGUGUGCCUCGCUACGAUCAGCCGCCGCCCCUGCCGCCUCCUGCCACCUAUCAGCCAGAAAGGAACCAGCCGGUGCUGGUGCCGGCUAACCCGUACCACACGGCUGAGAUCCCAGACUGGCUGCAGGUGUAUGCCCGCGCACCCCUCAAGUACGAUCACAUCUUGAAGUGGGAGCUGUUCCAGCUGGCCGACCUGGACACGUAUCAGGGCAUGCUCAAGCUGCUGUUCAUGAAGGAGCUGGAGCAAAUCGUCAAGUUGUACGAGGUGUACCGCCAGGAGCUGCUGUCGGAGCUGGAGGCCCGUAAACAGCGGCAGCAGUGGUACGGCCAGCAGCCCAACAAGAACUACGGCGGGAACAUGUGACGGCGGUUCUGACGCGCGCCGAGGAACGCCUUCGCCGAGGUCGCGACAGUUUGGGGAGCGGUCCGUAUUUUGCCUUUCACAUCGAGGUUGACUCGUAAAAUGCUUCCUUGCCAAAACAAGAAAAACAUCCGUGCCUUUUUGCUCGAUCCAAAUAAAUAUAUCAGCCAAGAAGUCGAAACACUUCCUGACUGAGAGGAGAAAGAGGGAGAAUCAGCUCAAGUGAUGCUCACUUUAUGAAUGACUGGAAAAGAAAAGCACUUGAAUGAAGACGUCGCCGGUGGACGCUGCUUGUGACGUUUGGAACCACCAACCUGAGACGUGAAUGAUAGUGCAAUUCUUUCUUUCUUUCUUUUUUUUAUUUAGGACUGAGAAGCACUAAGUCUGGAAAUUUGCUGCGAAGCAUCACAAAACUGUGCCUUUAAUAAAAUCAAAUGCAACAUCUUUCCAGGUUUUGCUCUUAUCAUGCUGACAUCAUCUAAUCCGUCUUUGUUUUUUUUUGUUUUUUUUUGUUUUUUUCCCCCCUUGCAAAAAACGCCCGGCAGCUUCUUUUAUUUAAGCACUUUUUUUGUUUUCCUUUUGCUUUGUAACCAUCAUAAACUAAAGUAAAUAAACGUAUGCAUUGCUCUUG